AUGGCGGGCAUGGAAGAGCUUGAGAUCCACAGCAAAUCGUACCUCGUGCGCUGGGUCAACGUCAAGGGCGACCACACCAUCUCCUGGAGCAUCCAGCCUCACAAAAAGUCCCUCAACUUCGGCAUCUUCAAGCAUCCCGGCCAGCUGGCCUCCUCCUCGUCCGCCGCCCCCACCUCCGAUUCCCACAGCGUCGAGUCCAGCGACCAUCCGCAUCAGUCCGCCGUCAUCGACAAGCUGCGAGGCAUCGGCCUCAAGCCCAUCCAGUGGAUUGGGAAAUGCGAGGCCGACAAGAUCUCCCAGGGCACCUAUGAUGUCCCGGCCCACGAGGGCGGCAACUACGCCCUCGUGUUCGACAACACCUUCUCCAAACAGACUUCCAAGACCGCCACCCUCGUCCUCCUGACCUACCCGACCGCCAUGCCUCCGCAGUCCGGCCACCAGGUCCAUCACUCGCAGGCGCUGGCAGCGGCAAACAACGCUGGCAGCGCCGGCCACCGCGUCUCGCCCAAGCUCAACCCCGUCACCAAUGGCUCCAGCGAUACGCUGGCCCAUCCCCAGGCCAAAGGGCGCAAUGUGUCGGGCGGGAAACCGACCAAGCGCCCCGGCAGCGCCACUUCGUCCAACGGCAUCUCUGCCACGGUCCAUACCGGAGUGCUGCAGAAGCGACGGAGGAAGCGUCACCAGGGCUGGGCCCGGCGGUUUUUCUCGCUCGACUUCACUUCCUCGACUCUGUCCUACUAUCACGACCGCAACUCGUCCGCUCUGCGCGGCGCCAUUCCCCUGCAGCUGGCGGCCGUGGCAACCAACGCGGAGAGGCGCGAGUUCUCGAUCGACUCCGGCGCCGAGAUCUGGCAUCUCCGGGCCACCAAUGACCAGGAUUUCGCGGCAUGGAAGACGGCGCUUGAAAAGGCCGCCAAGCAGUCGACAGAGGACCGUCCUUCCGACGCGACUUCUCCUCUCCUCCAGAUUCCCCCCAACGCGUCGCAGCGCGCCGUCCCUAAUCCGGCGGAGGACCGGGAAUGGGAGCAGAUCGAGAGUCUAGUGAGCAAAGUCUCGGGUACGAGGGAUGCGGUGCGACGGCUGGCCAAGGACACGGAUCCCAAAUAUUUCAGUUCGACCAAUUUGGCGACUUCUGAACGACGCGGCCGCUCCCAGAGCCCCCAUCCCAGUCCCUCGGAGCCUUCAGGAGGGGGGGAAGAUUACUUUGAUGCCAAGGAGAGGCGGCCAUUCUGGAAACGGAAGGUUAACAACAACAACAACAACAACAACAACAACAACAACGCCGCCGCGGCGAAGCGACCUCCUACGUCUACACCUCUAACUGUCCCCAGUGCGGCCAGCGACAAUGCAUCUGUUAUCGGCGACAGAAAGCCGAGGAGCGUCAUUAGCCAUCCGGACUACGAGGAUGACAUUCACGAGCAUCUCAUGGCUGUGCUGCGGGAUCUCGAUAGCGUCGUGGCUGAGUUCUCCGCUUUGAUUGCUGAAAGCAAACACCGGCGGCAUCCAUCAGUCUCUGCCGUGCCGUCCCGUGUCAGCAUGGAAUCAGAUAUGUCGCAGGAGUUUUUUGAUGCCGAAGACGGCCCCAGCCCAAUGUCUCCGCUGCUCACGAUCCAGCACGACUCGGAGGAAGAGGCGGAAAAGCACGAGGAGGAGGAGGUCGUGGACGAUGCCGACUCUCUGACGGGCAGUGAUGUGGACGACGGAGACAGCUUCACCCGGAAGGGUCUCCGGCUGGACAAUUCGUCGUUGCUCUUCCCUUCGAAACCCAAGUCGUUGGCUCCUCUGCCGCUGAACCCCGUACAGCGUCGAAACAUCGUCCCAGCGCCGGUCAUGCAGCCGCCGAGUUUGAUUGGAUUCUUGCGGAAGAACGUGGGCAAGGAUCUGUCGGCGAUUUCGAUGCCGGUGACGGCUAAUGAGCCAUUGUCGCUGCUUCAACGAGCUGCGGAAUGCAUGGAAUAUUCGACGCUCCUGGACCGGGCGGCGAGCGCGACGGAUGGCCUGGAGCGGCUCAUCUACGUGACAGCGUUUGCGCUGUCGAGCCUGUCGUCGAACCGGGUGAAGGAGCGGGCGAUCCGGAAGCCGUUCAACCCCAUGCUCGGUGAGACGUUUGAGCUCGUCCGCGAAGACCGCGGGUUCCGGCUGAUCGCGGAGAAGGUGUCGCAUCGGCCGGUGCAGCUGGCCUACCACGCCGACGGCAAGGACUGGAGUUUGACGCAAUCGCCAAUGCCGACGCAGAAAUUCUGGGGGAAGUCCGCUGAGAUCGUCACGGAAGGUAAAGUGCGGCUGACGCUGCACGGGAGCGGCGAGCGCUUCAGCUGGGGAAAUGCCACCUCGUUUCUGCGGAAUAUUAUCGCCGGCGAGAAGUACGUCGAGCCGGUGGGCGAGAUGGUCGUCGUUAACGAGACGACGGGCCAAAAGAGCGUGACAACGUUCAAGACGGGGGGCAUGUUCUCUGGGCGGAGCGAGGAGGUCAGCGUCAAGGCGUUUGACAUCCACGGCAACGAGCUCCCUCUGGGGCUGGCGGGCACGUGGACGGGCUCGCUACAGCUGACGGAGCACGGGGCGACGACGAACAAGACGAUCUGGGCGGUUGGUUCGCUGGUGGACCAGGCGGCGAAACGGUACGGGUUCCCGGUGUUCGCGGCGACGCUGAACGAGGUGACGCCGAUCGAGCAGGGGAAGCUGCCGCCGACGGACUCGCGGUUGCGGCCGGACCAGCGGGCGCUGGAGGACGGCGAUCCUGACACAGCGGAGGAGCUGAAGGCGAAGCUGGAGGAGAAGCAGCGCGAGCGGCGGCGCGAGAUGGAGGCACGGGGAGCGACGUAUCGGCCGCGGUGGUUCACGCGGGUGCAAGAGCCGCAUGGGGAUGAGGUGAUCUGGCGGUUGAAGACGGGCAAGGACGGAUAUUGGGAGGAGCGCAGCCGGGGGGAGUGGAAUGGCGUCGUUCCCAUCUUUAAGCUGUAA